AUGCCGGCAACUGGAAGAGUGCUAUUACUCCAGGACCAGUCAAGGUUGCCUAAUGCAAGGAUCAGAAUGCCAGCAGUCAGCAGGCAUGAUCUGCAGCAGAUGGUUAGAGAGCAUGCUGCCAAGUGCAAGGAUGAGGGAGUGAGAUCAGAAUUACAGGCAGUGAUCUGGGAUCAGAGCAUGUGGUUGUUUUGCUUUGGAGACUGGAGAGUGCUGUCAGACUGGACUGCUGAUUGGAGACUGCUGUUAGGCUGUGUAGUGGAGAAGUGA